AUGUCCGCAGACUCCUCAACGUCCACUUUAGCCCCCAACGAGACGACCUCGCUCAUAACGCGCACGUCCUCAACCUUCACCGAGGAUGCCCGUAGUGCCGGUCACUUCACCCUGAGCGCGAAGCAUACAGCCCGAGAACUCCUCUUACUGCUUAGGGACUCAACUCCCGUCGUACUUUCAUAUGUUCUUCAGCACUCAAUCUGCACGGUCGCCGUCAUAGUAGCGGGUCGAUUAGGUCCUGAAGAGUUGUCGAUUGCAGCAUUCAGCCUGAUGUUGACAUUUGUCACAGGCUUUGUGGUCGCUUUGGGAGGAUCGACAGCUCUCGAUACUUUCGGGUCUCAGGCGUUCACUGGCGGCAAGCGUUCGACAGAUCUCUCCGUGCAUUUCAUGCGUUGCAUCAUUGUGCUCUGGAUGUUCUUCAUUCCAAUCGCAAUCCUAUGGAUCAACGCGGAGCCAAUACUUCUCGCUCUUGGACAAGAACCACUCAUUGCUCGAGGCACACAGAGAUUCCUGCGAGUCAUGAUCGUCGGAGUCCCAGCGUAUAUCGCUUUCGAGAGCCUAAAGAAGUAUCUUCAAUGCCAAGGUAUCAUUCAUGCACCUACUGUUGUUCUUCUGGCCGUCUUCCCUAUCAAUGUGGCACUCAACGUGGCCCUCGUGCACUACACAUCCCUGGGCAUCAUGGGCACUCCGCUCGCCGUGUCUCUCACGUUCUAUAUCGCUUUCACACUCCUAGCGUCCUACACGGCGCGGUCAUCCCAGCAUAGGAAAAACCAGACAUGGGGUGGCUUCCGCUUCCGAGUCAUCCUGAACUUUCGCGGAUGCAUGUCCUUCACGAAGCUUGCUCUCCCCGGCGUACUCAUGGUCGGCACCGAGUGGGCUGCGUUCGAGAUAGUGGCGCUAGCUGCUGGCCGGCUUGGGAGUACUUCUCUCGCAGCGCAGUCUAUCAUCAUGACCUCUGACCAAAUCCUCAACACCAUACCCUUCGGGAUAGGUGUCGCUGCGUCAGCUCGAGUGGGGAGCCUCAUCGGCAGCCGCUCGGCCGCUGGUGCCCGGUUUGCGGGGCAUCUGUCGGCUUUCGCCAGCGUUCUUGCUGGCGCUACAGUGAUGAUUCUUCUGCUCGCGACUAAAAACGUAUUCCCAUACAUGUUCACCGACAACGGGCAAGUCGCGCAACUCGUGAGCCAGGUCAUGCCCCUUCUUGCGUCUUUUCAGAUUGCGGACGGGCUGGCGGGUUCGUGUGGAGGUGUAUUGCGGGGUCAAGGACGCCAGCAUCUCGGCGCGGUCUUCAACGUCGUGGCAUAUUACAUCCUGGCGCUGCCUAUAGGCAUCUCUCUGGCAUUCAAGUAUGAUCUUGGGCUGGCUGGUCUCUGGAUCGGACAAGUGAUCGGGCUUUUUGUCGUCGGCAUCGCCGAAUACGCCGUUGUCUGGCUGGGAACGGACUGGGAGCGUGAGGUCGAGAAAGGCGCAGAUCGUAAUGCGGCAGAAGCCCUUCGGCAGCAGACUCUCGUCGUUCGCGAUGAUGGCCGUGUUUAG